UCGUCGGCCCCGCUGCAGCUUUGUCCGAAGCUGAUCUGAGAUGAGAGUGCGGGAACGGAUAGCAGCAUAGACUACCAAGAGGCUUCACCGCUGGCAGGAUCAUCACUGGCAGGAUCAACAUUGAGCGCAUACCACAAGAGCAACAUGCUCGCUCUUUGUUGAGAUGGCGACUCUAUCUCCUGAUGUCCGCGACUCUACUCUCAAGUCGCUCAAGCUCACCUGCCCCUCCGCCGAAGUCAUCCAGGAACCACAAUCUGCGUCGACGGUUGAAUCGCCUGUCAUGGAGCAACAAGGCUACCCAUUUCCCGAAGUUGGCGACGAAUGGUCCGACGAGGAGGUCCUGAUUCCCAGGCAUAGACGGAAGGCGCCCUACAUACCACCCCUCAAGUUCGAGAAAGUCACUGCAACGUCGGCCGAAGAUACAUCGUCGGACGAGUCUGCAGCCUCACCUCGUCCGCACCGACUAAGCGCGACUAUCAGCCCCCUCGUACCGCCCAAAAGUCCCUCGCGACCGGACGCGUCGAGGGGCAACAGUCAAGAUGACCUCAUACAGCGGUACUAUUCAGUCACCAAAGAGCGAGAUGCGCUGAGAAAAGAGCUACAAAGAAGGAGCAUGGGUCCGCAUGGCUUACCCGCCAAACGUACUGUCCUGUACAAGUCGGAGGAAAACACUCUGGUGGAAGAGCUGCACGCGCUGCGAUACGAGAUCCGCAUAUGGAGCGAAGAGUACUUUGGUGGGUCUGUCAAGGCUUCGAGCAAGCGUCCAUAUCUGCACAGAGCAAAGGAGCUGUUUGGGAACCUCACAGACAACUAUCACAUGUAUCUAAAGGAUCCAGAAGAGCGACCGCUUCUCAUACAGGCCUAUGUGUGGAUGAAGCUGCAACAGAAGAUCUUCAACAAUUGGCAGAAGGGAAGCGGAUAUGUCUGGGCAGGAAAGCUGGGGGACAGGAAGCUACGUGAGAUCAACGACACACUGCGCAAAGCUGUCAAAAACGAGGCUGAAGCCGAAGAGUACCACCAAUGGCGCGCCAUGACUGUAAACCUCCUAGUCCCCCAAGUAGACGGAAAAUGGCGUCCCACCUUCGAUGCUGCGCCCGUCCUAAAACGAAUAUCCCGCUUCUGCAGUCGUAUGCGGCGCAAACUACGGCCCUGGUCUACACAUUCCUUGCGCAAAGGAAAGGAACAGCUGGGAACAAUCAUCUCGGCGUCUGUUGCGUUGGACUUGAAGAUGAAGCGUCAGCUUGCCGACUAUCGAUUCGUUACAUUUACUGGUGGUAAGAAGGACCAAUACUGGGGCUAUGGAUUCUAUGACAGCGAAAUGGAAGACGUGUAUGAAGAUGAUGACGGAAACAGCAGUGGAGGAUACGGUGGCAGUGGCAGCGCAAAGGGCAGAAGAGUAGAAUUGGCACUUGCGCCUGCACUCGAACGAUGUGGUAAUGCUAAUGGACAUGUCUUUGAUCAGAGUUUCAUGAUGGUAAAGGCGGAUGUGAGUUGUAAGAGGCUGGAGAAACCAAAGAAAGAGAAAAAACAGCAGCCUAGGUCUAGAGGGAGUGGCAGUAAGGGCUUCUCGCUAACUACGUGGAGGUAGAAUUAAUGCAACUAUGAGACGAAUAACAACACACCACUCAGCUU